AUGGCCUCCAAAUUCAACUUCCUCAAAGGGAGGAGCGACGAAAAGACUACACCAGCCUACGGCCAAGACGAGGGUAUUGAACGCGACAUUAGUUACAGUAGCGAUAACAAUGGUCGAGUCGACGAGGAUGGCGAGAGCGAGGGUCCCGAUGAUCUCCAUCGUGGCAUGAAGCCGCGCCAGUUGAACAUGAUGGCUAUCGCUGGCGCCAUUGGCACCGGUCUCAUCAUCGGCACCGGCACUUCGCUCAAAUUCGGACCCGCCUCGUUGCUCAUCGGCUACAUCAUCAUGGGAUUCAUCGUUUACAUCGUCAUGGUUGCGCUCGGCGAGAUGGGCGCAUGGCUGCCGCACAAAAAGUCCUUCUCCGGUUACGCUUCGCGCUUCGUCGAUCCUGCCUUCGGUUUCGCUACGGGCUGGAACUACUUUUUUAAAUACGUGAUUGUGCUGCCCAAUAACCUGACGGCUACGGGCAUCAUUCUGCAAUACUGGAAACCGGACAUCAAUGUCUCAGUAUGGAUUACAGUGUUUGGUGUGGCAAUCAUCGCUGUCAACCUCAUCCAUGUCGCAUUCUUCGGCGAAGCAGAAUUCUGGAUGUCCCUCAUCAAGGCCCUCGUCAUCGUCAUGCUCAUCCUCCUCUGCUUCAUCAUCGCCCUCGGCGGCGGUCCUAACCACGUGCGCACCGGCUUCAAAUACUGGCGUGACCCUGGCGCCAUUGCCCAGUAUUCGGCUUCGGCAGGCGACGACAAGGUUGUCAUCCAGGGCGCCACCGGCCGUUUCUUGAGCGUCUGGGCUUGCAUGGUCCAGGCCACCUUUGCCUACCUCGGCACCGAGCUCGUCGGCGUCGCUUUCGGCGAGACCCCCAACCCCCGCAAGAACGUUCCCCGCGCCGUCAACCAGACGCUCAUGCGUAUCGUGUUCUUUUACAUUGGCGGUAUCAUCGUACUGGGCAUGGCCGUCAAGUACACCGACCCCUUGCUCGGCGCUGUUAAGAAAACCAGUGGUCUGGCUUCCCCCUUUGUCGUGGCGGCCAAGAACGCUGGUAUCAACAAGCUCGACGACGCCGUCAAUGGAAUGUUGCUCAUCUUCACCGUGUCGGCCGCCAACUCGGAUAUCUACCUCGCUUCCCGAACCGUUUGGGCUCUGGCCAAGGACAGACAAGCGCCAGCGAUCAUGAUGAAGACCAAUAAGCGCGGUGUGCCCAUCCCAGCCGUCAUCCUUUCAUCGCUGUUUAUUCUUCUGGGCUACAUGAACGCCACCAAGGGAUCCGCGCAGGUCUUUGGCUACUUCGUGUCUCUUGUCACCGUCUUUGGUGCCCUGAACUGGGUCGCCAUUCUCGUCUCGUACCUCUUCAUGAUCAAGGCCAUGAAGGUGCAGGGCGUUCCUCGCGAAGCCAUGCCGUACAGGAAUAUUUUGUUGCCAUGGGGUGCUCCGAUUGCGCUGUUCCUGACGAUCUUGAUCAUCGUUUUUAACGGAUAUGGCGCCUUCUUCCCGCAUUUCCAGGUGGACAAGUUCGUGACGAGCUAUAUUGGCAUUCCCGUGUUUUUGAUCAAUAUCUUGUGGUGGAAGCUGUUUAAGAAGACUAAGAGGGUCAGGCCUGAGGAUGCGGAUUUGGUGAGCGGGAGGAGGUCGUUUUAA